AACAAAAAACUUCGUUUCAAAAGCAUUCAUAUAAUAAUAUUUAAGAAAAUGCAAUUUAAUGGUAAAAUUAAGGUAUGGGUGUUUUUAUUAUGCUUCAAACUUUCAUUUGCCUUGCGACAGUAUACUAAAAGUGACAUAGCUCGUUUACGUUCUGAAGUUACCUCAAUUUUUUAUCAUGCAUACGAUGGUUAUUUGAAAUAUGCUAAUGGAUACGAUGAACUUCGACCCUUAUCCUGUUCCGGAGUCAAUACAUGGUCUAGUUCAUCUCUCACACUUAUCGAUGCUUUAGAUACACUUGCUGUAAUGGGAAAUUUUUCUGAAUUCAGAAGAGUUGUUGAUCAUCUUACAACAAAAGUCAAUUUUGAUAAAGACAUCAAUGUGUCGGUGUUUGAAACAAACAUAAGAAUUGUAGGUGGAUUAUUAUCAGCUCAUCUUUUAUCUCACAAAGCAGGAAUUGAAUUAGAUCCAGGAUAUCCUUGUAAUGGGCCUUUACUUAGUUUAGCUGAAAAAGUGGCCCGAAAACUGCUUCCAGCUUUUGAUACAAAAACUGGAAUGCCCUAUGGAACAGUUAAUUUAAAGUAUGGAGUUCCUGAAGGUGAAACAUCAGUCACAUGUACAGCAGGAAUAGGAACAUUCAUUGUCGAAUUCGGUGCUUUAUCACGAUUGAUUGGUGAUCCAAUCUAUGAAGAAGUAGCAUUAAAUGCUUUAUAUUCUCUUUACAAUCACCGAUCAACAAUUGGCCUUCUUGGAAAUCACAUCGAUGUACAGACAGGAACUUGGACGGCACAAGAUGCUGGAAUUGGAGCUGGAGUUGAUAGCUAUUAUGAAUAUUUAGUGAAGGGUGCAAUAAUGUUAAAUCGUCCUGAGUUACUGCAUAUGUUCGAUGAAGGACGAGCCGCUAUCGAUAAAUAUUUAAAACGUGAUGACUGGCAUAUUUGGGCAUCUAUGAGUAAAGGUCAAAUUACUUUACCUGUCUUUCAAUCCCUUCAAGCUUUCUGGCCAGGUCUACUCAGCCUUCUAGGUGAUAUAAAUUCAGCAAUGAAAUCACUUCAUAACAUGCACACCGUUUGGAAGCAAUAUGGAUUUCUUCCUGAAUUUUAUAACAUUCCCAAUGCAGAAGCUGGCGUUAAUAGAGAUUCUUAUCCCUUGCGGCCAGAACUUAUUGAAUCUGUGAUGUAUUUGUACAGAGCGACAGGUGAUCCUUAUUUACUCGAAGUAGGUGAAGACAUUCUCAAAUCAAUUCAGUACAGUGCCAAAACAAAAUGUGGAUAUGCGACUAUAAAAAAUGUCAAAGAUCAUAGAAAACAAGACACAAUGGAAUCAUUUUUCUUAGCAGAAACUACAAAAUAUCUUUAUCUGCUCUUCGACCCUGAUAAUUUCCUUAAUAGUGAUGGUGGCUAUGGCACAGUUCUUGAAACUCAUAAUGGUGAAUGCAUUAUCGAAUCGUCUUAUAUAUUUAACACUGAAGCCCAUCCUAUCGAUGACAUUUCUGAAUCUUUGAAAAUACCACAAAAAAGAAGCGAACAAGAGAUAGUUAAAGGCGAUCUUGACAGUUCUUCAGAGCCACCUCCACAGGGAAGUGCAAUCGGUACAGAAUCACUUGAUGUUGUCAAACUUGCUUCAUCAACUGUUGUUGAUUCCGAUGAAAUAAAUUCACAUAAAAAAGUAUCGGAAGAGGAAGAGCAAGAGAUGAAUUCAGAUGAUGAUAAGGAAAAUCUUACGAAUCGAAAACCUGUAAGCAAAAUUGAUGGAGAAACGGCUGUUAAGUCUGCUGAUACAAACAACAGUAUUUUAACAGAUUUUGUCCAAGCAAUUCUUAAAACAACUGCAAAAAAGCCAAAGAACUUUGACCCACAGAUGUUGAUGAAGAAAAUUAAAGAAAAUCAAUUUCCUCGCAAUUCGUCAUGGGAGAAAAGAUAUGAUCUCAUGACAUCAAGGAAGAAACAAACAUCGAUGGAACUUGCCAAACUACAAGCAUCAAAGUUGUUUACAUCGUCUCCUAUCGAUCAACGUGAUAAAUUCGAAGAGAAAUAUGACCGAGCCUUUCAGAAUCUUCAGGGCUCCAUAUAUGGACCAAACGCUAAAGAACUCAAUACAGUCAUCACAUCAAUGGUUUCGCUUGAUACAAAACAGCAGGAGGAAUAUCAAAUUGGUUUCAUUUAUCUUAUGCUCACAGACACUCAAUUGGCAGCUGCAACACUUCGAGACCUCCUCAUAGUGACUCGAGAUGGAUUAGAGUUUGUCAUUAGCCAUUUAAUAGAAGUGAUCAAUGUAAAGUUUCAAAAGUUAGCCGAAAUUGCUAAACAUCAGCUUCUAUGGUUGUUCAAAGAGUUGUUAAAAUCACUCGGAUCAAAUUUAAAAAUCAAUGGUUUACUGUGGGCUCUUCUACGGCAGGCACAAGGUGGUGAUGUAUCACCGAAGAACAUAGCAUGGAUAGAAGGAAUUCUCGAUAUUCUAAUUGAACAACGUUCUCGUUUUGAGAAGUUUGCAGGAAGUGUUGGACUUGUCGCUUACGCAUACGUGAGACUCAUUGAAGAUCAUAAUGCUCCUCAUUUAAUUCCUCUAAGGAAUAAAGAAGUUAAAUUCAUUAUGAGUCUCAUACGAGAACGAUUUCAAGAGAUCAUCCCAUUAGGACGUGACUUUGUACGUCUUCUACAGAAUGUUGCUCGAAUACCAGAAUUUCAACAGCUUUGGAAAGAUAUUCUGACAAAUCCGAAAUCUCUUUCACCAACAUUUACAGGAAUAUUUCAAAUGCUUUCUCUAAGAACCAGCAGACAGUUUAUCGGAAAUCGAAUAACGCCUGACAUAGAAAACAAAUUGCAUUUUUUUACGAGCAGUGUGAAGUUUGGAAAUCAUAAAAGAUAUCAAGAUUGGUUUCAAGAUCGAUAUUUUUCAACACCUGAAUCCCAAAGUCUUCGAUCCGAUGUCAUUCGAUACAUAAUCAACGCCAUUCAUCCCACAAAUGAACUUCUUUGCUCGGACAUAACACCUCGAUGGGCAAUCAUUGGAUGGCUUUUAACAUCGUGCACAAAUCCAGUGGCUUUAACCAAUGCAAAAUUGGCAAUUUUCUACGAUUGGCUGUGCUUUGAUCCACUUCGUGACAACAUAAUGAAUGUCGAGCCGGGAAUUCUUGUUAUGUAUCAUUCAAUUAAAAAUGUCCCGUUAGUAAGCAGCACUUUGUUAGACUUUCUUUGUCGCAUCAUGAAGAACUUUUAUCCGAAAGGCGAGGAACGAAUUCGUUCUGGUGUUUAUAAUUCACUUCGUGUUAUUCUCGAAAAGCAAGUGAUACCCAAUCUUGGUCCAUUGUUUGAAUCUCCAAAAUUAGAACGUGAUCUGAGAUCAGCAAUACGUGAAAAUUUUCGGGAGUUCAUGCCAACUACUCCGCCUUUCACAGCAUCAACAAUUGAAAAUCAAAAUCAUAUUGAUGAGGGACGAUUUGGAAAGUCAAAUACAAUAGAUUUAAAGGAAGAAACAGAUCCACAAUUUAGCGAUGACGAGAUCGAUGAAAAGAAAGUAAAAGUUGAGAAUUCGAGUGAUGAAGAUGAUGAAGACGAUGACGAUUUGCCGUUGUCGAAAGUACGUCUUAAAGAAAAGCCUGCACCAGAUAAAGUUGACUUGCCUAAUUCGAUUCGUGAGUCAUUUGAUAAAUUCAUCACUUCUAAGACUCUCAACGAUUUUGACUCAUUUUUGAGUGAUUUUCGUGUCGGUUCAGGAGUUCAACUCGACACUGAACAAGAAAGUUAUGUGUUCGAUAAUGUGUUAAAUAUCUGCAAAUCGACGCUACCUGAAAAAUGUGAUCUCGAAGAGUUUAAGAAUUUACAAAAGCUCGAGCAAUCAAUCAACUUUCCCCUUUAUGGAUUCUUCAAAGUUCUUUAUCAACAGGAAGAGAAAGGAAAGAAAUGUGCAGUUAUGUCAAAGCUCUUGGAAUAUUGUUACUCACGAUCACCGAACAUGGGCUUCCUUCUACUCUACUACCUCAAAGUACAUUCGAAGCUUGCAUCGAAGAAAAAUGAGAAAGCUCCCGUCGUAUUUCGAUCGAAUGUUUACAAAUUGUUUUAUCAAUGGAUCAAUCAAAAAUCGAAAGAAACAAAUCAAAAGAUCGAUGCGUGUCUAGAGCGAGACUUAGGAUUGAUGGAACAAUACAGUCUUAAUAUGUUCCUUUGGCUUAUACCUGAUAUCUACAGAGAAUUUGACAAUCACGUCGUAAACAACAGCGAAGUGUUGAGAAUUGUCGUUCGAUGUAUUGAUGCAAGAAAUUUGGCUGAUCUCAUUUAUGAUGUUACACAAGGAAAGCUUUGUAUGUUUAAGAAUGAAGGAGUCAUUGAUGUAAUUCGUGAGAGUUUGGAGUAUGAAACGCUUGAACAAAUGUGUUUAUGGCAACUUCUUACUGCUCACGAUGUGCCUCUUUCUUAUAUUCAAGAUAUUUUACCUGAACUUGAAGCAACAAAUCAUGAAGCAUUAACAAGUAUUUUGUCAAUGUUAAAGAAAGAGGAACCGUCAGAAGAACUUGUAAAGCUUUUAUUAAGUCGUGAAAUGUCGAAGAGUGAUAGAGGCGACCCUUUUGUGACUUCUACAUUCAGACAUUGGUGCGUUGAGUUUGAAGAGCAAUUAUCUGAGAUCAUAGCAAAUCUUUUAAUAUCUAAAUAUCCACAAAGUUCACCUACAAAACGAAAACGAACCCUCAAAAGUAACAAUCAGUCAAAUGGAGCUCCAUCAGCAGAACAACUCUUAAGCCAUCUAGAACAUCUUCGGAGAUCUUGUCGGUAUGGUCAUAGUGCGGGAACAGCCUUAUAUCUUCAUGAAAAAAUGCAACGAGCACUUCAACAAGCAUUCACACAUAGCACAGAAGGACAAAAAAAACAAUUCAAUGAGCUUUUCUCACUUGCGGUUGAAGAUGAAACAACCGUUAGUCGAAGGGGAACAAGUAGUCGGGGUGGACGAAAACCACCCACUAAAAAAGAAACAAACUCAAAUAGCACGCCGAACAAGAAAGCAAAUGAAGCCAAUAACAAAUAUUCCAGCGAAGAAUCAUCUGAUGAGGAUCGUAGUAAAAAUACAAAACAACCAGCAAAGCGACGUAAAAAAGCAGUUUUAAGCGAUUCUGAUUGACCACUUGAAAAUUGUACCACUUUUUCAUAAGGAAAAAACUUCAUCAUCACUGCAAAGGAAUGCAACAUCGCGUACACUUAAAUAUAUUAUUGUUAAUCGUCGAUUAAUGUUAAUAGAUAUUAAUGAAAUGAACAGUGGAUCAUACGAUAGGCAAUAAGUUAAUGAUAAAGAGAAUUUCUUUAAAAAAACAUCGAUACCAAGUUCGAUAAAAGAAAUUAUAGUUUUUUAUCACUGCAUAAGGAGAAAAAGAAAAUAUAAUAACUAGUGAAAGUUUGUCAAAUUUUUUGCAACACAAAAAAAUUAAAUAAAUAAAAAAAAAAAUCCAAUUGAAGGACAAGUAUUAGCUGAAAA